CGUACAGACACACAUACUAUUGUCGGAGCGAAGGCAGCGAACAACACAGCUGACAGUUGGGCAGGACUGGGUUUGGUUUAGUUACCUGCCCACUUUGUGCGUGGAGCUCAGUGUUUUAUCACAGGUCAACACCGCGGGACGACACGCUCUUUAUGAAUCCCACAAAAGGACUCUGCCAUGCUGAAAUUAGCCAAAGCGACAUUUUGCCUUUGUUUGUUGAAUGUGUUGGAGACAACAGUUUUAUUUGGGAGUUGCUCACCGGCGGCUAACCUUCACGGCUCGGAUGAGAAUGCAUUCACCAUCCAGCACUCCAGCACAGGGAAGUGCCUGGGUUCGGGGGCUUCUACAGACCUGAACCUCGCCACCUGUGAUUCAAAGAACAGGUCCCAGCUGUGGAAAUGGGGUUCAGGCCACCGUCUCUUCCAUGUAGCCACCUCCUCCUGUUUGGCGUUGGACGUCCACUCCAAAAGGGUGUCCCUGGUUGACUGUGGCACCAACAUCCUGCUGUGGUGGCGUUGCCAGGGCGGGGCUGUUUACACUGUUUAUCAGAUGAGCCUGGCUGUCAGUGACGGCAAAGUUGCAACCAAACGGGACACUUUUGAUACGUGGGUCAGAGGAGAGUCCCAGGACGAUGUCUGCCAGGAGCCGUACCGUGUUGUCCACACUAUGAAUGGGAACUCUGUCGGCAGUCCCUGUGACUUUCCCUUCAAAUACAAUGGCAGCUGGCAUCAUGAAUGCCUCCCUGACUUGGAUUCCCCUGGACUAUCCUGGUGUGCUACUACCUCAGACUAUGACCAAGACAGAAAAAAGGGACACUGUCUAACACCUGAGGAGGGUUGUCAGACUCUGUUUGCUGGGCCAGAAGGGGAAUUCUGUUACGAGUUUGUCUCCAAUGUCGCGGUGACCUGGCAGGAAGCUCUGGAUUCAUGUCGCAGUCAGGGAGCUGAGCUGUUCAGCCUGUCCAGCCCCAAUGACCUCCACUCCAAAACCUUGCUGGACGGCCUUGGCGGAAUGCCUGAGAGGAUGUGGAUCGGCCUUCACCAGUUAGACAUGUCUCAGGGCUGGCAGUGGUCGGACGGCUCCCCUCUCUCCUUCUUGCGCUGGGAGCAAGGAAUGCCAUCCAUCUCCGCACUCACGGCGUCAGACUGUGGUGUUCUGAACUCCAAGCAGAACUUUGAAUCUGAAGCGUGCAACAAGCAGUUGCCAUACAUCUGCAAGAAGAGUGUCAAUGCCUCGCACACUGCAAGCACAGAGGCUCCUGUGUAUAGUGAAACAGUGUGUGUGGACGGUUGGGUCCCCUGGAAUGGCUGGUGUUACAUGUUAGUGAAGGAUGACCCUCAGAACUUCACAGAAGCCCAGGAGCACUGUAACAAAACAGCAGGAGAACGAGAAGGCUUUCUGGCCAGUUUCCACUCUAUUGACAGCAAAGAGAUGAUCAGCACUCAGUUCCAUGGAGACGGCCAGUUUUUGGAUGUGUGGAUUGGUCUGGUCGGUUUCAAUAUGGACCCAACAACAGUCUUUAAGUGGAUCGACCAGGCACCAGUCACCUUCACUUUCUGGGGCCCUAAUGAACCACUUCAGCCCACUCAGGAUACAAGCUGUGUGUUCUAUUCUGGAGAGUCUCAUGGUUGGCGGGUCGGGAACUGUACAGUCAGGCUACCUUUUAUGUGUCAGACAAAAGGAGAGGUCAGUCAAACAGCAACACAGACCGGAUGUCGCUUUGGAGAUGGUUGGAGGAGACAUGGCAACUCCUGUUAUCAAGUGAACACCAUGCAAGUGUCCUUCAAAGAUCGCUGCAACGUCACUAUAAGAAACAGGUUCGAGCAGGCUUUUAUCAACCGUCUACUUGGAGAGCACAUCAGCAAGGAACCGCAGUAUUUUUGGAUCGGUCUGCAGGACAUUAAGAACACAGGGGAAUACCAGUGGCUAAGCCAGGAUGGGUCCCUAGGUUUGGUUCCAUACACAAAUUGGGGCUGGUCUGAACCUGAUCAGCAUGGACGUUGUGCAGUAAUUUCCACUGCACAACCGCUUGGCAAGUGGGAAGUUAGGAACUGUACCGCUUUUAAGGCUGGCACCAUUUGUAGAAUCGACAUGAGUGCACCCCCACCGCCUGAACCAGAGCCAGACCCCAGCAUUCCCUGUCCUGAUGGAUGGGUGUCCAGAGAAAAUAUCAACUACUGCUACAAGGUGUUUCAUGAGGAGAGGCUGAGCAGAAAACGCUCCUGGGAGGAAGCUGAGAGGUUCUGUCAGGCUCUGGGAGCCCGUCUGCCCAGCUUCACAAGCUAUACUGAAAUGAGAGCCCUGCACAGCAUCAUGAGAGAAACCAUCAGUAAUAAUAGGUACUUCUGGGUUGGCCUGAACAGGAGAAACCCAUCUGAUCAGUCCUGGGAGUGGAGUGAUGGCCGGCCUGUGUCACUGGAGGUGUUGCCCAAUGAUUUCCAUGAGGAUGAUGCAUACAAUCGGGACUGUGCUGCGUUCAAGACGACCAAGAGCACCCUGAAACACCUUUUUGUCUUUCUGCACCAUGACGUACCACGCCCACCUUUCUAUGCCACACCAUUUCACUGUGAUGCCAGGCUGGAGUGGGUCUGCCAAAUACCUCGUGGAAAGACACCAAAGAUCCCAGACUGGUACAAUCCUGGUGGGCACCAUGAGACAUCUAUCUUCGUAGAUGGAGCAGAGUUUUGGUUUGUUCAGGAGCCAAAGCUAACUAUCGAGGAGGCAAAGCUCUUUUGCGGUGCGAAUGACAGCAAACUGGCUGAACCAGCUAGCACCACUGCUGCCAUACAGAUCCACCAGUACAUAAAAAACAUUUCAAGUUCAUCGAGGCAAAAUUGGUGGUUGAAUUUGUCUCAAACUGGCCGGAUUAUCCCCAUGACGUUCGACCAGGCACAGGUGCUUUUCCACACACCUAAUGCGUGCCUCUCUAUGCGUCCUGUGAGCUUCUUUCCCGAUUUUCAAACGAGUUGUGAGGAGCGUUUGUCCUUUGUGUGUGAGAAACACGCCAUCACCUCGGUGGAGAGAAACCCUCUGGAGCCUCAGCCAGGAGGACUUCCCUGUGGAAACAGCUCUUUGUCUUUCAGAAAUAAGUGCUACACAAUAAUGACGAGCCUGAAGCCUGUAACAUUCAAGUAUGCUAACGAAGAGUGCCAGUCAUUGAGAGGAACUCUGCUCACUAUAUCAGAUCAGGUGGAACAAGAUUUCAUCAACACAAUUUUGCCAAGCAUGAGACACAUGGACAGGGUAUGGAUUGGUAUGAAAAUCAAACAUGGUGAACCUGGUUGGGUGGACCAGUCUCCAGUGAACUACCUCAAUUUUAACCCCCUGCUGUUGGGCAUGCACAAAACUAUACAUAUCAAGUCCUGGGAUCCGGACAGUAUUGAUCUGUGUGUGUAUGUGAUCAAUAACCAAUACUCUGCCAUGCUGGGUACCUGGGACUAUUCCUCCUGCACAGAUUAUCAAAAUUCAGGUGUUUGCCAACACUAUGCAGAUGAGGUAGAGGAGCCCCACAUCGACACGGAGCCGUUCCACAUCGGUAACCACACUGUCCAGCUGAUAGCCAAAAAUCUCACCUGGUCCGAAGCUUUGGAGCAGUGCCAAAUUAUUGACAUGGACCUGGCAAGUGUGGCCGACACCUUCUUCCAGUCCGCUCUCACUGUGCGUGUGAACCGUGCACGCACUCCCAUGUGGAUCGGCCUCACCAGCAAGGAUGAUGGGAUGCACUACCGCUGGAGCGACCACAGUCACACUGUUUUCAGUCGGUGGUCUCCUGACGUCACCAGUGGCUCCUGUGUUUAUCUAGACACCGAUGGCUUCUGGAAAGCCACUCAGUGUGAGGAGGAGCUGGGAGGUGCCAUCUGCCAUAAACCACACAAAGAGGUCAUCACCCCACAAAAGGACAGUCCCGUAAAGUGUCCCCAUAAGAGCAAUGGUCCAAACUGGAUCCCCUUCAAGGGCAACUGCUAUUCCUUCCAGUUGGUGGCCUCUCGCUGGGAAGAGUAUGAUAAAGGAAACUUUCAGGAAACCUGCAAAAACAUCCAUCCCGAUGCAGACAUCCUAACCAUCCGGAAUAAAGAGGAGAAUGAGUUCAUCAAGCAGCAACUCCUUCCUUUCCAAUCCUUGGCCCAGUUUGUGUGGUUGGGGCUGUUUAAAGACGACAACGAUGACCAGCUGAAGUGGUAUGAUGGGACAAAUGUCCAAUACUCCAACUGGGGGCAAGGCAGACCAAGCGUAGACGGACCGUUCCUGGCUGGUGUCGCCAAUGACGGCAACUGGAUUCUCGUAGUAAAUCCAGACUAUUUCGCAGUGUUCAAACAAAGGACUAUAGUGACCUGCAAGCUGGACAAAGAACCAAAACAGAAGUACAACACGUCGUCACUGGAUUUUCAGAGAUAUGGUAACUUAACUUACAUGGUUGUAGCACGCAAAGUAAAUUGGCACCAGGCUCUGGAAGAAUGUGGUCAGCUUGGAGGCCACUUGGCAAGUGUCCAUGACAUCCAGCACAGUGCACAUGUGAGGCUCAUUGCCCAAACAGAUGGCUUCCCGCUCUGGAUUGGCCUGUCCAGUCAAGAUGUUAGCGCCUCAGCCUAUGAGUGGUCAGAUGGAACAACAUUCGACUAUAAAGCCACCAUCUCUGAGUCAAUGCCGGCGUCCAGCUCAGACAAACCGGAGGCCAGCUGUGUUCUUAUAACUCCAGCGGGAACCUGGGUAAAGACCAGCUGCAACACGCAGGCAGACGGCGCCAUCUGCUACACCACCACCGUCACCACCCCUUCGCAGAGAGCCAAACUGCAAGCAGCACCCCAGUCCAAUCGCUGCCCUCAGAGCAGCCAUUUUCCCAACGGCAUGACAAAGUGGGUGCAGCACCAGGAUCACUGCUACGCCUUCGACAUGAGCAUCUACAACUACAGCGUCUACAGCAUGGAGCGAGCGAGCAGCAUCUGUCAAAACAUGGAUGCUCACCUGCUGACCCUAAAAACCAAAGAGGAGAACGACUUUGUGUCAAAGUAUGUUUCUGAUGACCCUCUCAUCACCAGUCGGGUCUGGCUUGGCAUCACUUUGGAUACUCAAGGUGAGCCUGUUUCCUGGAAUGACGGCUCAGCUCUCACUUAUUCUAACUGGAAGCCUGAAGUCUUAGACGCAGGGAAGACAUCGUCUCCCCGCUGUGCCGUCAUGAUGGCAGACAAUAAAGGAAUCUGGAACUUUGUCGACUGUCAGACCAUCCACAGUCGUGUUGUCUGCCAAUCUAAAGCCAAGUCCUCCGGUGCUCCUGUGGCGUUGGGUCUCUUCAUCAUUGUCCUCCUCGCUCUGCUCUCAGUUGUGGGUUUUAUUCUCUACAAGAAGAAAAGAGCCCACUUCUCCUCCACCGUCCGCUACAAGAGAACCUUUGAUGAGUCCGACACCACCAGUAUUAUCACGGAAGCUGACUGAGCAUGUUUCAGUGAACAGCCUCAGGGAGUAUUGAUGUUCCUGCCUCGUGGGCUUUUAAAAGCAAGAGCAGACUCGGAUAUUUUCCCCAUUUGUUUUAAAAAAUUAUUUAUUCGUCCUGCUUGAGCUGUCAAACGUCCGACUUUGACCGUGUAAAUAUUGUUUGUGAAUAUGAGUUUCCUAAUUUGGUUAUUUUAGUGCCUUGUGUCAAAGCGAAUGUAAAUACAGCUGAUUCUCUCUGGUGAACGAUCAUCAGUGACACUUUUGUUGACGUUUCAAUAAAUCUAGGGCGUUUGUUGUUGUUUUUUUCCUCGUGGACUGUAAAAAGAUUUUGAGUUGAUUUUACAGAAAUAUGCAACGACAUAGUAAAUAAAUAGUCUUACGCUUCCAUUCGGCCUGAAAAGGUCAAACUGCAGUGAUGUUUGAGUGACUCGAAACCAUAUACGAUUUGUAACUUUAACUCCAUAGUAAUUUUUUGUUAACGUGGGGUUUUUUCGGCGCAUUCACAGACAGUUUAAAAAGACAGUACCUGAGAAUACAGUCAAAGUAAGUUUCCCAAAGCACUGCCCAGACCUGCCUGCCUUUUACACGUAGUUUUCCCAGAGAAAGGAAAAAGAAAGAAAAAGUCUGUGGCUCGUGCAUUUGCCGAUCAUCUACAUUAUCUCUACUGAAACUGCACUGAAGUCAGAAAAACUCUUUUACAAUUUUAAAAGGACUGUGCCUUUAAAUUAGCAGAAAGAACACGUCACUGAUUGUGCCUUUUGCGAAACAAAUAUGUUUUUUUUGACAGUUGUUGACACAAAUGAGAAAAAUCUGAAGGUUAUGUUCAGCUGCUGUGCUUCAAACGCAUUUGACCGUCUUAAAUGUACCGGACACCUGUUUGUGUACAUUUGCUUGUCAAUAUUAUUAUAAUUCAUUUAACUAUGCACUCAAACUACUGAGCGAGAACGCACUUUAACCUGCUAUGGAGCUGCAGUUUCUACUCUGUUUAAAGCACAAUGAAGACUUACUUUUGAAUUGCACUGUUUUUGUGUGUGUGUGUUUAAAUGUGUGACGCUUGUUUUAUAAUGAGAAUGAACCAAAGAUGCUUUGACUUAUUUGAAUGUCGGAAGCCUGAGCUUUCCUCUCAGUUUGUGGACAUGUCUCGGUGAGAUUAGUUUGUUCAUACCUAGGUGUUAACCAAAUGUUGAUGGUGGUUUUGUUUGUUGCUGUUGUGUUGUUUUUUUUUUAACUUUCCCACCACUUCUGAACAAACUAUCUGUUCAAAUCAGGUACAAUAUCCUUCCAAUAAAAUUACAGUCAUCCUUGAA